GAUCGUUCAAUUAAACGUUGGAUGGACAUCAAAGGACACCGGAUGUUUGUAAGAGGUUACCGAGUUUUGGGACCUACCGCCCAGUAUAUGUGUCGUCAUCAGAAAAAAUCCUCCAGAGCCAACUGUAGACUCCUGACAGUAUUCAAAUUAUGCUCUGCAGAUGAAGAAAAGUUCGAGGAAUUCACAGAUAUCAGCAUCACCCACAGCCUACCACCAUGCAUAAGUAAAAUGAAGAAAUGCAUACCCCACAGCCUACUACACCGUAUAGGUGCCAUCAGAAAAAAUCCUCCAGACCCUACUAUAGGUCACUUGCUGCAUUACAAAUAUUAUCUAGGGUCGAAGAAAGGUUUAAGGAAUCUACCAAAACCUUCUAGUGCCAUCUACGAAUUGUUUUUUUUUUUGUUAUGUGGAACUUCCAAUGCUAACUGUUCAUAUUACAUACAACUGUUCAAUCAUGUCGUUAAUGAAAGAUUCUAA